AUGUCAGGCUCUGGGCGAAAAGAUUUUGAUGUGAAGCACAUCCUGCGACUCCGCUGGAAACUCUUCAGCCACCCGUCGCAGUCCCCCGGCGCUCCGGCCGGGGGCAGCUGCCUGCAAGAAGACAGCAGCAGCAGCUUCGAGCACUGGGGACCUAGCCAGAGCCGCCUGCUCAAAAGCCAAGAGAAGGGCAGCGUGAGCACUUUCUGGAAGAAGCCUUCCUCUUCUUCCUCCUCUUCUUCUUCUGCCUCCCCGUCCUCUUCCUCCUCUUCCUUCAACCCACUGAAUGGCACCCUGCUGCCAGUGGCCACGAGGCUGCAGCAAGGGGCGCCUGGGCAGGGCACCCACCAGCCGGCCAGGACUCUCUUCUACGUGGAGUCCCUAGAAGAGGAGGAGGUGCCAGGCAUGGACUUUCCUGGACCACACGAAAAAGGGCUUGUCUUGCAAGAGCUCAAAGUGGAACCGGCCAACUCGAGCCAGGCAACAGGUGAAGGAUGUGGACACAGGCUCUCAGCAACUAGCCAUUCUCUGACACCUCAAAGUGAUUUGGACUCCAGUAGCUCUGAAGAAUUCUAUCAGGCUGUGCAUCAUGCUGAGCAAACCUUCAGAAAAAUGGAAAGUUACUUGAAACAACAGCAACUCUGUGAUGUUAUCCUGAUUGUUGGGAACCGAAAGAUACCUGCACAUAGGCUUGUUCUGAGCUCAGUCUCCGACUAUUUUGCUGCCAUGUUUACAAGUGAUGUUUGCGAAGCCAAGCAAGAGGAGAUCAAGAUGGAAGGCAUAGACCCAAAUGCUCUCUGGGACCUUGUUCAAUUUGCAUAUACAGGUUGCUUGGAAUUAAAGGAAGAAACCAUUGAAAACCUUCUUGCUGCAGCUUCCCUUCUUCAGCUUCCUCAAGUAGUAGAAGUGUGCUGCCAUUUCCUCAUGAAGCUCUUGCAUCCAUCUAACUGUUUAGGAAUCCGAGCAUUUGCAGAUGCUCAAGGAUGUAUUGAAUUAAUGAAAGUGGCCCACAGCUACACAAUGGAAAACAUAAUGGAAGUUAUGAGAAAUCAAGAGUUUUUACUGCUUCCAGCUGAGGAGCUCCAUAAACUCCUGGCCAGUGAUGAUGUCAAUGUCCCCGAUGAAGAAACCAUCUUCCAUGCAUUAAUGAUGUGGGUCAAAUAUGACAUGCAGAGGAGAUGCAAUGACUUGAGUAUGCUUCUGGCCUUUAUAAGACUGCCCCUGCUUCCACCUCAGAUAUUGGCUGACCUAGAAAACCAUACAUUAUUUAAGAAUGAUCUGGAAUGUCAAAAGCUGAUUCUGGAAGCAAUGAAAUACCAUCUAUUGCCAGAAAGAAGAACUUUAAUGCAAAGUCCAAGAACUAAACCUAGAAAAUCUACAGUUGGAACUCUGUAUGCAGUGGGAGGAAUGGAUAACAACAAAGGAGCUACAACCAUAGAGAAAUAUGACCUCAGAACAAAUUUGUGGAUCCAGGCAGGGAUGAUGAACGGCAGAAGACUGCAAUUUGGUGUGGCUGUUAUUGAUGACAAACUCUUUGUAAUUGGAGGUCGAGAUGGUUUAAAGACACUGAACAGUGUUGAAUGUUACAACCCCAAAACCAAGACUUGGACUGUCUUACCACCAAUGUCAACACAUAGGCAUGGUCUAGGUGUGACGGUACUAGAAGGCCCUAUCUAUGCCGUGGGAGGCCAUGAUGGCUGGAGCUAUCUGAACACAGUGGAGAGGUGGGAUCCUCAGAGUCAGCAGUGGACAUUUGUAGCUAGUAUGUCAAUUGCCCGAAGCACAGUUGGUGUGGCAGCAUUGAAUGGCAAGUUGUAUUCAGUUGGAGGUCGUGAUGGAAGUUCCUGUUUGAGUUCAAUGGAAUAUUAUGAUCCUCACACAAAUAAGUGGAACAUGUGUGCUCCAAUGUGUAAACGAAGAGGGGGUGUUGGAGUGGCCACAUGUGAUGGUUUUCUUUAUGCAGUAGGAGGUCAUGAUGCUCCUGCUUCAAACCACUGUUCUCGGCUGCUAGAUUACGUAGAAAGAUAUGAUCCUAAAACAGAUACAUGGACCAUGGUGGCUCCUUUGAGUAUGCCCAGAGAUGCUGUUGGUGUCUGUCUCCUUGGUGACAGACUAUACGCUGUUGGUGGCUAUGAUGGGCAGACUUACCUCAACACUAUGGAAUCCUAUGAUCCACAAACUAAUGAAUGGACCCAGAUGGCUUCCUUGAAUAUUGGGAGAGCAGGUGCCUGUGUAGUAGUCAUCAAGCAACCUUGA